UUUGGUUAACAAAUAAUUUUAGUGCCGAAACUAAAAUCUGAAUCCCAUGCAACUAAUUGCUAUAUAUAGAUGGGAAACAAUCAAUCUUGUUCAGGAACACACAGAAAGAGAGAUAAAGAGAGAUGGAGGUAAUCACAGAAAGAAAGGCAACGACAAAGGAAGAGCAAGAGCAAGAGCAAGAAGAAGAAGCUCAAGCAGACGUUGAAAUUUGGAAUUAUGUAUUCGGAUUUGUGAAAGUGGCAGUCGUAAAGUGUGCCAUUGAGCUCGGCAUAGCUGACGCCAUAGAGAACCAUGGAGGCCCCAUGACACUUUCAGAAUUAUCAUCAGCUCUCAAUUGCGCGCCCUCCUCUCUUCACCGAGUAAUGAGAUUUUUAGUUCACUACCAGAUCUUCAAAGAGAAACCCACCAGCCACGGAUCCAUAGCCUUCGAACAAACCCCAAUCUCACGCCGCUUCAGAAAACAUGGACAAAACAGCAUGGCCGCUUUUGUUCUACUGGAGAACGGCCCGGAGAUGGUGGCAUCAUGGAUAAACUUGAGCGCCGGCGUCCAAGUCAGUGGAACGCCGGCUUUUGAGGCGGCUCAUGGGAAGGAUAUAUGGAGCUACGCAGUUGGGGAUGAAUCCUUUAGUAAGCUAAUCAAUGAUGCAAUGGCUUGUGGAGCUAGAGUGGUGACAGUGCCGGCGAUUAUUAAAGGUUGUCCUGAGGUGUUUGAUGGAGUUGGUAGCUUGGUGGAUGUUGGUGGCGGGAACGGAACGGCUUUAGGGUUGUUGGUGAAAGCUUUUCCAUGGAUUAGAGGGAUCAAUUUUGAUCUUCCUCAUGUUGUGUGUGAUGCUGAGCAGUCCCAUGGAGUUAAGAAUGUGGGAGGUGACAUGUUUCAGAGUAUUCCAAUGGCUGAUGCUAUUUUCAUUAUGCAGGUUUUGCACGAUUGGGGGGAUGAUGAGUGCAUCGAAAUCCUGAAAAAAUGCAGAGAAGCAAUUCCAAAGGACAAUGGGAAAGUGAUAAUCGUUGAAACAAUAAUGGAAGAAGAAGAAAAUUUAGGAGAUGAAUUGAAGUCAGUGAGGUUGAAGAUAGACAUGGCAAUGAUGGCUCACACUGACAAAGGGAAAGAGAGGACUUUGAAGGAAUGGGAUUAUGUUCUUGGGCAGGCAGGAUUUAGCAGACAUAAUGCUAAACACAUUCGUGCAGUGCAUUCUGUUAUUGAGGCUUACCCUUAA